CUCCUUCCGCUUCCUCCUGCUGGAUCGACCACUCAGUGGUGGUUAGUAACACCGUCUCCGAUGGCGUUUGAAAAUAUCGGUUUCUCUCGGCCAGUUGGCUCGUCGAAGGCGGCUUCAAGCAGUACAGCACCCCGAAAGCCGAUAAAGCUGCUCAUCUGCGCGGAGUGUGACCUCGGCCCUUUGGGAUGGUGUGAGGAAGGCGGACGGGAAUUCUGGCUUGCGCCAAAUCGGGUGGCAUAUCGAUUGUAA